CCCACAAACACACUCUCUCUCUCUCUCUCUCUCUCUCUCUCUCUCUCUCUCUCUCUCUCUCUCUCUCUCUCUCUCUCUCUCUCUCUCUCUCUCUCUCUCUCUCUCUCUCUCUCUCUCUCUCUCUCUCUCUCUCUCACACACACACACACACACACACACACACACAAACAAACCGCUCACACAUUCACACACACUCUCACACACUACCACUCAGGAACGCUGAGGAACAGAGGGAGAGGGCUACAGUCGGUCAUGGCCCGGCGGAGGGAGCGGGUGUGCGCGUGCAUGAGCCUCCUCAUCAUCAUCAUCAUCGCCAUCAUUAUCCUGAUCGCGUGCGUCGCUGAGCGGGACUGUAGUGGGGGGGCUGGUUUUAGGAAAGCUGCUGUGGCUGCGGACUCUCUGACAUGCUCGAUGAUAGGACGAACUAUCCUGCAGGAAGGUGGAUCUGCAGUAGAUGGCGCCAUUGCUGCCCUCAUAUGUACAUCAAUAAUCAAUCCACAGAGCAUGGGCAUUGGAGGAGGAGUCAUUUUCACUAUAAUGGAGAGAAAUGGUAAAGUGAAAAUCAUCAACGCCAGAGAAACUGCUCCAAAACAGGUCAAGCCGGACCUGCUCUCUGAAUGCGGCAGCAGUACCCAGCAAACCUCAGGUCCUCAGUGGAUUGGUGUUCCUGGAGAGAUUCGGGGGUAUGAACGAGCUCACAGGCUUUAUGGCCGCCUGCCUUGGGCCAGGUUGUUCCAGCCCACAAUUAAGCUGGCCACAGAGGGGUUCGAACUUCCCACCGUACUCUCUCGCAUCCUCCCCUUCUUCAAUGGGACCUCUCUAAUGAAGGAGCUGUUUACAGAUGCAGAGGGGAAAAUGCUGAAGGAAGGAAACAUAGUGAAGUUUGAGAAGCUUGCAGAGACGCUGAAAAGGAUAGCGAACAAAGGGCCGGAUGAGUUCUACACAGGAGAAACGGCCACAGCGCUGAUCAGUGACGUGCGGGAAGCAGGUGGUACUCUCACCCUGGAGGACUUGAAAUCAUUUGAGGUGUCCGAGUCUGAAGCCUGGACAGUUCCUCUGAGAGAUUACACCAUGUACUUCCCUCCUCCUCCUGCUGGGGGCGCCGUGCUCAGCUUCAUCCUCAAUGUCAUGCAAGGAUAUAAUCUGAGAAGGACAUCUCUGCAGAAUAAAGAAGAGCGUGUACUGACCUACCAUCGCUAUGUAGAGGCCUGCAAAUUCGCCAAUGGUCUGAAGAAGUUCAUGAGAGACCCGAAAAUCAGCCCUGCAUCGGAAGCCUCCGCUAUGAUUGAGGAUGAUUUUGCAGAUCACAUUAGGAAGAUGAUCAGCAGUAACACUACACACGAUGCUCAGUACUACAAUGUGACCCCGGGCCUGGACACCCAGGGUACCACCCACGUUUCUGUUCUAGACGAGAAUGGCAUGGCUGUAUCUGUCACCAGCACCAUCAAUCACAUAUUUGGGUCCAGAGUUUACUCCCCCAAAACAGGAAUCAUCCUCAACAACGAGCUGUCAGACUUCUGUGGGAAAACAGAGCAGAUUAGCCCAGGUGAACAGCCUCCCUCCUCCCAGGCUCCAGUAAUCCUGCACUCUAAGGCAAACAAACAUCUUGUUGUUAUUGGAGGGUCUGGGGGCAGCAUGAUCACCACUGGAAUGGCCAUGACGCUCAUGAACUACCUGUGGUUUGGGAAGAAUCUAGAAGAUUCUAUCUCUGCUCCAGUCGUCUAUGUGGACGGCAAAAAUGCUCUUAAAUUUGAGCCCGACUUCGAUAAGGAUGUCAUAGAAGCCCUGAGAGAACUUGGACACACAGUAGAAGAGACAAAGCUCUUCUAUAACGUGAUUAACGCUGUAUCAGUGCGAGAGGGCGAGUGCAUCGAUGCUGUUUCAGAUGCUCGCAAGAUGGGCAAGCCUGCAGGAUACUGACCAAAAAUACACAAAACUACACAAACAAACAACAUGCACAUUUAAUGACUGUUUUAGACCAGAAACCCAAACCGUUAAUGACAAAUUUAGCCCAGAAAAUAUUAACUUUAGUUAAUAUAUUUUAAUUAAGAUCAAAAAUACUCAGUGUACACCCUUAAUGACUAAUUUAUACAAACAAGUGAUCACAUUUGCACUUUGCAUUAUUGAAUAAUAAUACAAAUAUGCAGUUUACACUUUCAAUGAGAAUCUUUGACACAAAAAAGCAAUUAACAUGUUUAGUGAUUCAUAUAGGUCAGAAAAUACCUAGAUUGCAUUUUUAAUAAGCAUUUUAGACUAAUAAAUCUAUUUAUACCUUUAAUAAGAAUUUCGCACUACAGAAAUAUCAAUUUGACACAUUUAAUUAGUCAUUCUGAUAAAUACUUAUUUUCAUGAUUAAUUAGCAUUUUAGACAACUUUAAAUUAUUUUUUGUGACAUAAAAUAGUUACACAUUAAGGAUCCAUAUAAGGCAUAAAAUACUUUUAGCACACUUUAAUGGUUCAUUUGGGUCAGAAAAUAAUCAGUUUACACAUUUUAAUACCUUUUAAUUUACACCAAGUCAUUUUUAAUUUGCACCUUUACUAAGUUACAAUUAGACCAUAUAAUACUCAGUUACAUGAUACAUACAGAAUGUGCAUCUUUACAAACUAAUUUAGAAAAUAUUAGUCAGUAAAUUACAUUUUAAUAAAUCAGAAAACACUCCUUUACACAGAAUAUAAUGAAAUGUCAUCAAUAGUGGAGGAGGGGAAGGUCACUUACAGGAUCUUUUUAGAUCUUCUGGGACCUGUAGAAGACAUUUCUGUAUGUGGUAUGUUGUGUGUGUGUGUGUAUAUAUAUGCUGCUGAUACAGUGUGGAUGAGGGCUAGGAGCCUUUGUCAUUUACAUUAAUCUGUCCUGUUGAAUAUCUUCAGUUCGAGAUGUUUAUCAGAUGUUUUAUAUGUUUACUAUUUUUAAUACUCCUUCUUUUAACGUUGCAGCUGUUUUUCAUAUUAAACCUUAGAGAAAGUACUUGAAAUACUGUACUGUAUAACGAUGGUUAUAUUGGUUCAGCUGUGUGUAUACAAUAAGUAUGCUUUUACACCCUGCUGUUCAGGGUUCUGCGCAGGGUUCUGAUACGGACCUGCUGAGUCCACUGUACUGAGACUGAGUUUCUGAGGUCAGUAAAUGAAAUGAAGUAAGGAAAUAAUGACAUCUUGUGUCUUUAGCAAAAUAAAAGUCUCUUUUAUUCCUGUUCUGAUUAAAAAAAUCAGGAAGUUGAUAUGUUUAA